AUGCCUCCAGGUUUAACCUAUCCAAGUUUAAAAUGCGUUUUCGAGUUUCUGGAAGCGAAUAAAAGGUUAUUAGAGUCACUGUUCGUUGGAAGAAGAGUAAUUAUUGUGGAGAAACUUGUGACUGGACGGCUGCUGCCACUAUCUAAAAAACUUGAAUUGAAGUUUAAUAUUCUAGAAAUAGAGUCUGAUGGAUAUGAUUUAAAAGGCUUUGUUCCACUUAUUGACCCUACCAGUUUUCCACUCAAGAAGUUUACUCAGAAACCAAGUUUGUACACUCUUUUUGAACAUCCUGAAGUCCGAACUGCCAGUCAUCUAGUUAUCAAAGAGUUUUUUCCCAACUUAUCCAAUGCUGUUAAUAUUCUGAAAUCUCUGAACUGCAAGUAUAUAGAGAUUAAAGAUCAUCUUUUCAACCAGAAUUAUAUUUUGGAUACAAUUCAAAUGAUGUUGGAAAAUCAUCGAGACGUUGAGACAUGUUACAUGAUAGACACGAUUAUAUAUACAAGUGAAUAUACAAGAAGAAACUUAAUGGAAAGAAUCAAGGAACGAUUCAAUGGAAGAUAUGUGGAUUUUAUUAAUGCUGACAAACGAUCGACGCUCACUUCUCAAUAUGUCUCCAUUCCAAUAGACUCUAGAACUGAACUCGCUGUCUACAGAAACGAGUCACUUAAGGAAUUUGAAGAAAUUAUUAUAAUGGAAGUGAUUCUGACUGGACAUUCUCCCAAAGUUUUCUGUCUAGAUUAUUCAAAAUCGGGUGAAUCUUUUGAUCUCAAAAAAACAGCAUCUGAAAAGUUCAAAAUGCCAAUAAUUUCUCUUCCAAUCAAGUAUAUUUUGAUUGUUGUUCUGUUUGCGUGGUUCUUUUUCUACUGA